AUGAAGGUCCCCAGCCAGAAAGCUCUCCUUGCCCUUCCACUGCUCGCAUCGCCAGCUCAAAGCUACCCCGGAAAACACCCAAGAUGCUCUGCCGGCGACGCCUGCUGGCCAAAGGAGCGUGUCUGGAGUGAAUUCAACUCUACCGUCUCCGGCCGUUUGAUACGCACAUUCCCGUCCGCCGCAGUCUGCCAUGGCGCUCAGUAUGACGCAGCUGCAUGUUCCGUGGCAAAGGACAGCUGGACCAAUAGCUUCUGGCGGACAAACCAGACGGGAGCCUACUCUGCUAUCCUCUGGGAGCUUGGAGAAACGGGACAGUGUUUCAUCGAUACACCCAAGGAUGCCAGGUGUGAUCAGGGGAUUGUCCCUUACUACUCCGUCUCUGCGAGCGGUGUGGAGGAUAUCGAGAAAGCAGUCAGAUUCGCGGACAAGCAUGAUCUUUACCUUGUUGUGAAGAAUACGGGCCACGACCAUCUGGGUCGGUCAAGUGGGAAAGGCGCCUUUUCAAUCUGGACUCACAACCUGAAGGGCAAAGAGUGGCACAAGUCUUUCAAGCCGAAGGGUGCUCCAUCGAAUGUUAGUGGUAUCCCGGCCGUCACUCUCCAAGCCGGAGAGCAGCUGCUAGAUGUCUACAAGGCGGCGGCGGCGGAAGGUGUCACUUUUGCCGGUGGUUCCGCGCAAACUGUCGGAGCUGCCGGUGGUUUCAUGACCGGCGGAGGAGUCAGCCCAUUUUCUCACUUCUACGGCCUUGCCGUCGACAACGUGCUCGAGGUUAACCUUGUUACUGCCCAAGGAGAAGCAAAGACCAUCAAUCAGUACACCGAUCCCGAUUAUUUCUUUGCCCUCCGCGGCGGCGGUGGUAAUGCUUGGGGUGUAAUUACUUCUGUGACAUACAAAACGCACCCAAAGCCAACUCACAUCAGUGUUGGAAUCGCCCAACUCAACGUCACCACGGAAGAUGCCCGGCGUGUAGUCAUUGAGAAGUCCCUCCAGGCUAUCCCUGACAUCACCGAAGCCGGAUGGGUUGGAUAUGGCGUCUAUGCUACGGAAAAGAACAACCCCACGGCUUUCCAAGUUAUCUUUCUCCAGCCCAACGCAACCAUGGAGAACUUUAACAAGACCUUUGAACCCAUGAACAAGAUUGCGUCUUUGCCUGGCGUUCAGGGUGGUGUUGCCUCCCUUGAGUUCCCCGAUUUCUUGGAAUAUUCGAAAUAUUUCCUUCGAGACCCGAAUAUCGCUACCAACAUCAUCGAUGCUUCGAGGCUGGUGAACCGACAGGUUCUCACGGAGCGUGCUGGUGACAUUGUCGAUCUUAUGUUUGAAUUCCCUUCUACCGGCCCCGGCUUCAACUCGAUCGUCAAAGUUAAUUCUGACGAGCGUGAUAACACUGCCGUCCACUCCUCCUUUAAGGAGAGUCGUGCGCUCUUGAGCUUUAGCGUUGACUGGCCCGACAAUGCCUCGGAAGAGGAGAAGAGAGCAGCCAAGAAGACUUCGGUAAAGGUCACUAAAAGGCUUGCUGAAAUUGUUGGAAAGGAUACCGGUACCUACCUCAACGAAGUAAGCCCAUACGAACCUGAUUGGCAAAAUGUCUUCUGGGGAGACAAGUAUGCUCGUCUCCUCUCCACCAAAAAGCGAAUUGACCCCAAGAACCUCUUUGUAUGCAAUCGAUGCGUUGGAACUGAUAUCAUCCUAGAGCCUUGA